UUGCAAUGAGAGGCUUUAUAAUGUAUGGUGGUAUAAUUGAUAGUGCUUACCGGGGAGAGUUAAAGGUCAUUUUAUACAAUACCACUCCAGAUUCUUUUGCUAUAAAACCUCAGAUGCAGGUUGCUCAAUUGUUAGUGGAACCUUGUCAGCAAUUAACCCCUGAGGAAAUCUGCCCCAACAGAGGCUACAUACAGAACUGGGGGAUUCAGAUCCUGGAGCCAAAAUCCUGGAGCCAAAAUAUGGGUACAGCGUCCAUCAGGUCCCACCCUUAAGACUGGUGACCUUGUAGCUAUAGGAGCAGAAAAUGAAGCACACUACAAUUUCCUAAAGAUGAAAAACAAUAUCAUGUUCCCCUCUGUUUUUGUUAUCACAUGGAAUAACCUAUCUACUAAUGGUCAGCACCUGUGUCUUUGUGUCUGACGCCAAGAUUAAAUUCAUCAACUGGGUAGCCACCGCUGCAGAGGAAGCCAACCGCAGUCAAUGUUGGCUAUGUGGGAAUGAGCUACCUUGGAGAAUCCUCCCUGCUAACAUUUCUGAAUGACUAUGUCGCUACCAAUGGGACCACAACAACAACACUUGCAAUCCAACCUGGACUUUCUUUGACCAAACCAAGCCUUGGUACUCUGGGGUUUCUCCUGCCAGACAAUUGUCAACACAUGCUCCAAAUCAACAACAUUACCCCCAAUGAAACACAAUCUCUUUCCUACUUUUAUAACACAUUAGUACACUAUGAUUACAGUAACUCCAUUGCUGUCCCCUGCAGGGCCCUCUGGGUAUGCGGAUCCUAUGGGUGGCGAUACCUGCCCCCAUAUUGGAUGGGGAGAUGCACUUGGGGGUGGCCAUUAAUUCCAUUCACCAUCCGGGAUAAUAUUCCCCUCCCCAGUAAUCUAGAUGCUUACAAACAUCCCUGGUUAGAAUGCACCCGACUCCGUAGGGGUGGUAUCCUAUCACAGCAUUCUCCCCUGCGGCCGAUACAAUCCUGCUUCAGCAACAAAUUAAAAUAUUAAGCUCACUUCUAAGAAAAGCUCUUAAUGAUAGUAGCACUGGAUGUAUGUUGUUAUCAGAUGAAUUUGCUCAGCUACGUACUGUUGUGUUGCAAAUGGAAAGGCAUUAAAUAUGCUUACUGCAGCCCAAGGAGGGGUUCGCACCUUACUGCAUACUGGAUGUUAUGUGUAUAUCCCUGACAAUUCUCACAAUAUUACUUUCCUUGCAAAGCCAUGAUGGGUGUGUUAUUAAUUUUGCUUUUAAUUCUCCUGUGCUUACCCUGUAUCUGUAAUCUCUAUCAACUAUGCCUUCCCCAUGUAUCUGUAGGGGUAUUUUCCUGCGAUUGAGUAUCAGAUUGAAGCCGAAUGUGGAGGAAAACUUAAAUAUUAAAUUUGAACUCAAUUGAACAUGGACACAAACAAUGGUCACCAAGUCCCGGAACAGGUGGUGUGAGCCCCUUGAGGAAUUCAUCGAGCGCUGUUUCAAAUAAAUCCCUAUUUAAAUUCCUAUUUGUUAGUUAUUGAAACACAACAGACAAUCGCAAACACAAGUUGACCUUUUUGUGUUCCUUGAGUCCAGUCGGGAAGGGCCCUUGUGACUGGGUCUCAUGUCAAACAACUUGUUACAGUAAGAGCUAGGGUCCCAGACCAUGCGGAAACUUAUGAGAAUCCUCCGUAGUCUGGUGAGUGUAGUGUCCGACUCUGGAGCCCAGGCUGUUGCUUCCCGGUCUGGUGGUGAAUCCUCCACAGUCUGGUGAGUGUACAUAUAAAUAUAUCUUUUCCUUCUCCCCUUCCCAUUGCAAUUUGCUUAUUAUAUCAUUUGCUUAUUAUAUCCGCGUUGCCAUUUAAUUGGGAUAAAGGUUGUUUACCCUUAAAAGUAUGGUGUGUGUGUCUUUUCUUCUUCCCUUGCGCCUUUCUCGCACAGAACAAUAGGCUCGUCCAUUACUUCCAGUCGUUACAUUUCUUGGAAGUUUCGUAAUCCGGUGCUGAUUCUAGUGUUUGGAUGCCCAUACUAAGUUUCUGCUUUUCAAGAUGUCAAUUUAACACCUCACCUCGCAAUCACGUUGUUCUAAUUUUAACAAUUAUUUAUUGAACCCUUAAGUUCUAGACACUGCAGAAUGCUUUACCUAAGAUUUUCCAAUUUCGUUCUCAAAACUUCCCCGUGCGUUGGUCGCUAUUAACUCCAUUUGACAGAUCUGGAAACUGGGGCCCAGAGAGGCUAGUCUAGGCCACUCAGCUAGUCACUCUUGGAGCGGGGCCUCUGAUCUAGCUAGUGGUGUAAUAGAAAUUGUAAAUCAUUUCAAAGAAUAUAUAUAUUUCCCGUAACACCCUAGAGUUUUCUCCUAGCCCAAGAAUUGUCCUUUUUGACCUCUGGUGAUUGUUUCUCCUUGAGCCAGAUAAGCUGCAAACCUGUUGGAAGCAGUGAAGGGCCAUAGGGAAGAGCAGCCUUUGCGGAGACAGCCACCUGAAAUUCUGCUCCACAACCUCCGCUCCAGGAGAGCGGGCCGAACGCACCGCGGUCGCAGCUUUCCUGAGGACACGGGUCCCCAUGUCACUAGCGACACCUGCGCUCCGGACCCAAAGCACAAUCACAAAGUGCGGGACCUUUGGGCGGUGCUGGGCGGCCUGGCCCCGCAGCCACUGGGCCGGUUGGUCCCGCAGGACUCUGCUCCGUGGAGCUUUUGUCCUUGGGCCGGGGCCCUGCGACCCGCGCUACCCAGGUCGAGCCCCGCCAGGAGGCUCCCUCCUCCCGCCAUUCUCCAGAGAGUAGGGGGUCGGGAAGGAGAGAACGGCGGGGCGGGGCCUGCCAACCCAAGGACGUCACGGUCCCAGGUGCGAGUGCGAGCGGGCGGGAGUCCACCCCGCGCCUCCCUCCUCUGCUGAACUCCCCACCUCUGUAAAAGCGGCCCGGGCCGGCCCCCGGCUCCAUUUUCUCGCGGCGGACACACCUGGAGCCGCGCCUUUGGGUUGGGCUGGGCUGGGCCGCGCAACCGCCACGGGAAGACAGCCCUCGGGGCGGAGAGGGAGAGGGUGGCCGGGCCGGGGGGAGGCCGGGGCCAGGGAGGAGCCGAGUGCGCGCUCGGGGCAGGCGGCGGCGCGGAGCGGUGCGGCGGCGGGAGGCGGAGGCGAGGGUGCGAUGGCGCGGAGCCCGGGACGCGCGUACGCCCUGCUGCUUCUCCUGAUCUGCUUUAACAUUGGAAGUGGACUUCACUUACAGGUCUUAAGCACAAGAAAUGAAAAUAAGCUGCUUCCUAAACAUCCUCAUUUGGUGCGGCAAAAGCGUGCCUGGAUCACCGCCCCUGUGGCUCUUCGGGAGGGAGAGGAUCUGUCCAAAAAGAAUCCAAUUGCCAAGAUACAUUCUGAUCUUGCAGAAGAAAGAGGACUCAAAAUUACUUACAAAUACACUGGAAAAGGGAUUACAGAGCCACCUUUUGGUAUAUUUGUCUUUAAUAAAGACACUGGAGAACUGAAUGUUACCAGCAUUCUUGAUCGAGAAGAAACACCAUUUUUUCUGCUAACAGGUUACGCUUUGGAUGCAAGAGGAAACAAUGUAGAGAAACCCUUAGAGCUACGCAUUAAGGUUCUUGAUAUCAAUGACAACGAACCAGUGUUCACACAGGAUGUCUUUGUUGGGUCUGUUGAAGAGUUGAGUGCAGCACAUACUCUUGUGAUGAAAAUCAAUGCAACAGAUGCAGAUGAGCCCAAUACCCUGAAUUCGAAAAUUUCCUAUAGAAUCGUAUCUCUGGAGCCUGCUUAUCCUCCAGUGUUCUACCUAAAUAAAGAUACAGGAGAGAUUUAUACAACCAGUGUUACCUUGGACAGAGAGGAACACAGCAGCUACACUUUGACAGUAGAAGCAAGAGAUGGCAAUGGAGAAGUUACAGACAAACCUGUAAAACAAGCUCAAGUUCAGAUCCGUAUUUUGGAUGUCAAUGACAAUAUACCUGUAGUAGAAAAUAAAGUGCUUGAAGGGAUGGUUGAAGAAAAUCAAGUCAAUGUAGAAGUUACGCGCAUAAAAGUGUUCGAUGCAGAUGAAAUAGGUUCUGAUAAUUGGCUGGCAAAUUUUACAUUUGCAUCAGGAAAUGAAGGAGGUUAUUUCCACAUAGAAACAGAUGCUCAAACUAAUGAAGGAAUUGUGACCCUUGUUAAGGAAGUAGAUUAUGAAGAAAUGAAGAAUCUUGACUUCAGUGUUAUUGUCGCUAAUAAAGCAGCUUUUCACAAGUCAAUUAGGAGUAAAUACAAGCCUACACCCAUUCCCAUCAAGGUCAAAGUGAAAAAUGUGAAAGAAGGCAUUCAUUUUAAAAGCAGCGUCAUCUCAAUUUAUGUUAGCGAGAGCAUGGAUAGAUCAAGCAAAGGCCAAAUAAUUGGAAAUUUUCAAGCUUUUGAUGAGGACACUGGACUACCAGCCCAUGCAAGAUAUGUAAAAUUAGAAGAUAGAGAUAAUUGGAUCUCUGUGGAUUCUGUCACAUCUGAAAUUAAACUUGCAGAACUUCCUGAUUUUGAAUCUAGAUAUGUUCAAAAUGGCACAUACACUGUAAAGAUUGUGGCCAUAUCAGAAGAUUAUCCUAGAAAAACCAUCACUGGCACAGUCCUUAUCAAUGUUGAAGACAUCAAUGACAACUGUCCCACACUGAUAGAGCCUGUGCAGACAAUCUGUCACGAUGCACAGUAUGUGAAUGUUACUGCAGAGGACCUGGAUGGACACCCAAACAGUGGCCCUUUCAGUUUCUCCGUCAUUGACAAACCACCUGGCAUGGCAGAAAAAUGGAAAAUAGCACGCCAAGAAAGUACCAGUGUGCUGCUGCAACAAAGUGAGAAAAAGCUUGGGAGAAGUGAAAUUCAGUUCCUGAUUUCAGACAAUCAGGGUUUUAGUUGUCCUGAAAAGCAGAUCCUUACACUCACAGUUUGUGAGUGUCUGCAUGGCAGCGGCUGCAGGGAAGCACAGCACGACUCCUAUGUGGGCCUGGGACCCGCAGCAAUUGCGCUCAUGAUUUUGGCCUUUCUGCUCCUGCUAUUGGUACCACUUUUACUGCUGAUGUGCCAUUGCGGAAAGGGCGCCAAAGGCUUUACCCCCAUACCUGGCACCAUAGAGAUGCUGCAUCCUUGGAAUAAUGAAGGAGCACCACCUGAAGACAAGGUGGUGCCAUCAUUUCUGCCAGUGGAUCAAGGGGACAGUCUAGUAGGAAGAAAUGGAGUAGGAGGUAUGGCCAAGGAAGCCACGAUGAAAGGAAGUAGCUCUGCUUCCAUUGUCAAAGGGCAACAUGAGAUGUCUGAGAUGGAUGGAAGGUGGGAAGAACACAGAAGCCUGCUUUCUGGUAGAGCUACCCAGUUUACAGGGGCCACAGGCGCUAUCAUGACCACUGAAACCACGAAGACCGCAAGGGCCACAGGAGCUUCCAGAGACAUGGCCGGAGCUCAGGCAGCUGCUGUUGCACUGAACGAAGAAUUCUUAAGAAAUUAUUUCACUGAUAAAGCGGCCUCUUACACUGAGGAAGAUGAAAAUCACACAGCCAAAGAUUGCCUUCUGGUUUAUUCUCAGGAAGAAACUGAAUCGCUGAAUGCUUCUAUUGGUUGUUGCAGUUUUAUUGAAGGAGAGCUAGAUGACCGCUUCUUAGAUGAUUUGGGACUUAAAUUCAAGACACUAGCUGAAGUUUGCCUGGGUCAAAAAAUAGAUAUAAAUAUGGAAAUUGAGCAGAGACAAAAACCUGCCACAGAAACAAGUAUGAACACAGCUUCACAUUCACUCUAUGAGCAAACUAUGGUUAAUUCAGAGAAUACCUACUCCUCUGGCAGUAGCUUCCCAGUUCCAAAAUCUUUGCAAGAAGCCAAUGCAGAGAAAGUAACUCAGGAAAUAGUCACUGAAAGAUCUGUGUCUUCUAGGCAGGCGCAAAAGGUAGCUACACCUCUUCCUGACCCAAUGGCUUCUAGAAAUGUGAUAGCAACAGAAACUUCCUAUGUCACAGGGUCCACUAUGCCACCAACCACUGUGAUCCUGGGUCCUAGCCAGCCACAGAGCCUUAUUGUGACAGAGAGGGUGUAUGCUCCAGCUUCUACCUUGGUAGAUCAGCCUUAUGCUAAUGAAGGUACAGUUGUGGUCACUGAAAGAGUAAUACAGCCUCAUGGGGGUGGAUCGAAUCCUCUGGAAGGCACUCAGCAUCUUCAAGAUGCACCUUACGUCAUGGUGAGGGAAAGAGAGAGCUUCCUUGCCCCCAGCUCAGGUGUGCAGCCUACUCUGGCCAUGCCUAAUAUAGCAGUAGGACAGAAUGUGACAGUGACAGAAAGAGUUCUAGCACCUGCUUCCACUCUGCAAUCCAGUUACCAGAUUCCCACUGAAAAUUCUAUGAAGGCUAGGAACACCACGGUGUCUGGAGCUGGAGUCCCUGGCCCUCUGCCAGAUUUUGGUUUAGAGGAAUCUGGUCAUUCUAAUUCUACCAUAACCACAUCUUCCACCAGAGUCACCAAGCAUAGCACUGUACAGCAUUCUUACUCCUAAACAGCAGUCAGCCACAAACUGACCCAGAGUUUAAUUAGCAGUGACUAAUUUCAUGUUUCCAAUGUACCUGAUUUUUCAUGAGCCUUACAGACACACAGAGACACAUACACAUUGAUCUUAAAAUUUUUCUCAGUCACUGAUAUGCAAAGGACCACACUGUCUCUCCUUCCAGGAGUGUAUUUUAGAAAUGUUCCACAAUUUACUGAGGACAUAGAGAUGAUGAUGCUGCUUAGGUGCCUUUUAGCAAGCUAUGCAAACAAUCCUGAUAAAACAAGAUACAUACAGAGUCAAUCUGGCUUCUGAGAAUUUACCAAGUGAACAGAGUAUCUAGUUCAUCAGCCGUCCAGUAAAGCAACCCAGGAAACUGAUUGGGUCUCUUUGCCUACCAUAUUAACAUUAAACAUUGAUGUUCUGUAUUCUGUACUUUACUGCAUCUAGCAUAUUUUCAACAACUCAUUGAUCCAAAGAUGAUACAUGCACAGUCUGAGCACCAGUUAUGGUGCUCAUAACUUCUUUAAGACUUGAACCCUUUUAAUCUGUGUGUGAUUCAUUAAAUUGGACCAUUGAUGAUAAGAAUACACAUUGUAUGUUUCUGUGCACAUGACUUGUGUGUGUGUGUGCACAUACAUACUGUAUAGUCUUAAAAAUAGCAUUAUACUGGCCAAGGGUGGUGGCUAACGCCUGUAAUCCCAGCACUUUGGGAGGCCGAGGCGGGUGGAUCAACUGAGGUCAGGAGUUUGAGAUCAGCCAGGCCAACCUGGUGAAACCCCGUCUCUACUAAAAAUACAAAAAUUAGCUGGGCGUGAUGGUGGGUGCCUGUAAUCCCAGCUACUUGGGAGGCUGAGGCAGGAGAAUCACUUGAACCCGGGAGGCAGAGAUUGCAGUGAGCCGAGAUCGCACCAUUGCACUCCAGUCUGGGCAACAGAGUGAGAUUCCGUCUAAAAAAAAAAAAGAAAAGAAAAAAAAAAAUAGCAUUAUACCUCUUCCUCGUCUCAACCGCCAUGAAAAUUCUGAACACUCCAAAUUCAGUUGAAUAAUCCAAAACAAAAUUUAUAAGUAUAAAAUAAUUUUACUUCUUAUAGUAAUAGUAUACUUAAAAAAGCCUCAGGGUAUAUUAUCUUCUAAACAGCUACAAUUCAGUGCAGCUACAUUAACCAACUAUGUUCUCUAGUUGUGAGAACAACUAGGCCUAUUUCACUGCUGUGUAGCCUCAGUGCCUAACAAGGGUGCCAAAUAAAUAUUCGUAGAAUUACACUGAAUUGUAAAAACCAUUCGUUUUUGUUUACGAUUGCCAAAAAUCUCAAAAGGCCCUGUAUUUCUGUAAUUCUUUGAAAUUAUUAUUUUAUUUUGAUUUCUCAGUUAUUGACUGGCUGGGUGUGACUUAGUACAUAAGUACUCAAUAUUAUAAAAACCUCAAAUAAUUGACUUGAUUUUACACAACAUCCUUCCCUUUUCUACAAGUUAAUUUUUUUACAAAUCAUUUGGGUUAUCUCCUAAAUAGGUUAUAUUUUAUUGCUUCUAGAAACAAUGUUUCAAAAUAUAUGUGCAUUAUCAGUAAUAAUUUGUAUAAAUAUUUCCCACAACAAUUUUCAUAAUUUUCAAAGACUAAUUUCUUGACUGAAGAUAUUUUGCUAGGGAAGUGAAACUUUAAAAUUUUGUAGACUUUAAAAAAUAUUGUUGAAUGGUGUCAUGCAAAGGAUUUAUAUAGUGUGCUCCCACUAACUGUGUACAGAUCAGGACACAUAUUUUUAGACAUCUAAGUCUGUAGCUUAAAUGGAGGUUACUCUUCCAUCAUCUAGAAUUGUUUACUUAGUAAUUGUUGUUUCUUUUAUUAUUAUAGACUUACUAUCAGUUUUAUUUUGCCAAGUAUGCAACAGGAAUAUCACUAGUAUAUGAAAAUGUAAAUAUCACCUAUGUACUCAAACAAAAGUUGGUCUUAAGCUUCCACCUUGAGCAGCCUUGGAAACCUAACCUGCCUCUUAUAGCAUAAUCACAUUUUCUAAAUGAUUUUCUUUGUUCCUGAAAAAGUGAUUUGUAUUAGUUUUACAUUUGUUUUUUGGAAGAUUAUAUUUGUAUAUGUAUCAUCAUAAAAUAUUUAAAUAAAAAGUAUCUUUAGAGUGA